UGCAGCUUUAUCGCACACGGGUUAUUCACACGGUACAUCAGACAUUUCCUCCCCGGUCCCCGCUGGAUUUGAGAGACCCUGACUGGCCAUGUCAAGUAGCGAGGUGUGCUAACGUAACCGUGAAGGGUUGGCGACACGUGACACCGUUUAUCUCGCUGCUACAGCCCCGCGCGUCUCCGGCCGUCCUCCGGUGCUUCGGUUACAUUCAUCGGACGGUGUGUAUCAGGAUGGCACAGCUCUUGGACGGGGCCAGCAAACUGGGCUGGGUUCUGCUCAAGUCUGUGAUCCGAUUUGUGUUCAUGUUUUUCAACAACUGUGUAGCCAUCCCAUCCUACUGCUUAUACCUGGUGCUCCUCCAGCCGCUCAGAAUAUGGGACAGCACCACUUUCUGGCACGUCGAGGGGAUCAUGUUCAAGUGGUUGCUGGCCAUGGUGUCUUCAUGGGGCUGGAUCGCGGGUUAUACAGUAACAGAGUGGGGUGACGACGUACGGCCCAUCUCUGAAGAAGAAGCCAUGGUCAUCGUCAACCACCAAUCCACAGGAGAUGUAUGCACCCUCAUGAUGUGCUUGCAAGACAAGGGCAUGGUGGUACAAAAAAUGAUGUGGUUGAUGGACCAUGUGUUCAAAUACACCAACUUUGGCCUAGUGUCCCUGAUCCAUGGGGACUUCUUCAUCAGACAGGGUAAAGCUCACCGAGACAAGCAGCUGGUUUACCUGAAGGAUCACCUAGAGAAAUACUACCACAGCCGCGACAGGAAGUGGAUAGUACUUUUCCCGGAAGGUGGCUUCCUGCGCAAGCGGCGGGAAACAAGCCAGCUGUUUGCCAAGAAGCGUUCUCUCCCCCACUUGAACCACGUCACGUUGCCUCGUCUCGGGGCCACCCAGGUUAUCCUGAAAACCCUGUCAGCCCAGCAGGAGAACGGCAGCGUGGGCAGCGAGACUGGGAGCCCUAACAAGACAGGUUAUAAACGUAAAGGCCUGCAGUGGGUAGUAGAUGUGACCAUAGCUUACCCCAAAGCAAGACCCAUGGACAUCCAGACCUGGAUCUUUGGCUACAGACCUCCUACAGCCACACAUGUACACUACAGGAUGUACCCAAUAAAAGAGGUUCCCGUGGAGGCGGAGGCCCUGACCGACUGGCUCUAUCAGAGGUUUGUGGAGAAAGAAGAGCUGCUGACCCACUUCUACGACACAGGAUCAUUCCCCUCUCAAGACGGACAGAAGGAGUUAGUUUCCCGGCAGAUGACCCUCGACCCUGUGUGGCUGUGCGUUAUCCAGUCGUUUGCGUUCAUCUCCGGCUACGUUUGGUACAGCGUCCUCCAGUACCUCUACUGCUGUUUAUUUUGAGUGCGCUGAUGAGGCGGGAGUCUUUAUCGGACCACUGGAAAAGCCUCAGGAUCAGUUGGUGUGUGGCCAAGCGUCAUACUUGCCCCCCCCAUACGAUGGAUGAAUGUACAUUUACAACAGUGGAGAGACUUAACAGGAAUAAAAAUAUAAAAAAAACAUAUGAAGAACACAAAGGAAACAAAUACCAAUACAAUAGGAAAACUGGUCACAGGCAUAGUUAACUUGCACACAGCCCUAACACCACACACUCGCUCCCAACGGCCUCGCAGAAUAAUCUCUCGCACUCGUCACGACACACACAUUUCGAUGUUUACACGUCCUCAUACACGUAGACGCUCACAGGUACAUAACUUUUUAUUCGAAGUGAACGAAAUGAGGCUCAGGACUCCUCCAGAGGACGCUCUGGACCCGGACUCUCUCUGUUCCCCUCCUAGGCUUUAGCCGUAGUAGUUUUACAGAGUAUAAAGUGUGUAUGGACGCGUGUGUGUGAGUGAAUAUAUGUGACUAGAAGCAUAAUGUCUGCCCUUAUUCUUCUUCCUGGCGAGAGUUGAUGAAGCCCACUGGACCUCUCUUUCAGCCGUGCUGACUAGCCGGCCGGCCACACCUUCCAGAGCGAGCGGCCGUAUGAACGAUGAGGCUGCGCAGCCCGCUGCUCCUCUGGCCUUCAUUGCACUAAGGAUCCAUACUGCCCUAACUGCUCCCUGUCCCAGGAAAUAUUCCUGUCUGGUAGCUGUCAAUGUUUUUAAUUUCUUUUGUUUUCUUCCCUUAACCUGCAUAUCUCCACAACAACGGCCAUUGUAUUUGUUGUUGACGUCUUUUUGUCGAAUUUAUUUCCCGUUCUCCCCCUCCCCCCUGUCUGUUGAGGUAUUCUGAGCUCACUGAGGAAGGGGGGAUCAUGUUUACACUGGCAGCCCUGCUGAACGCCUAAAGGGAUGGUGGCUAUGAUGCGGCUCUUGAUUUAAGGAUUGUGUCAGGCAUUGAAGCGAGGAAGAGGAGACUGUGCCGAAAUGCUUAUUUAAAAAAAAAAAAAAAAAAGGAAAAAAAAAAAAAAAAAGAUGGUGGCACAUAGAGCAGGAAUUGCAGUCUGAUCACCUAAAGAGUAACUCCCUCGUUGUGGAUUCCUCUUUUCGCCCUCUGCUCUCCAACAUUCAUACACACACUUACACAAACAUGUGCACACACAGCCAUGUGCAGCUACACACAGCAGAGCAGACAUCUGUCUCAAAGGAAUCAUCUCAGCAAGCCAGACUGAGAAGGCAGAGACUCUUGUUCCCCCAUUGGACUACAUAGUUUUACAAAUAUUUAAGCCAUAUGCUUAGUGUCGUCGGGUGGGAAAAAGACAUGGGGAAAAAAUAUGAUUUUUUUUAUAGAAAGCUACCCUAAUGUUCAGCAUUCUAAAAUAGAGAUUUUGGCUUACAGAACUAUAGGUGUCAUUACUGUAAAUUUACAGCAUAACCUGCCUAAGUGAGUGUGUGUGGUUGUCCUUUCCCCCCCAUUUUGAUAUUUAUAAUUCAUGUCGUGUUGCUCUGUGACGUCAGAGUGGGGCGGCAAUUUCACUACGAGUGGUCAAAUAUGAUUUCAUUUUAAAUUACAUGAAACUGUCGUCCUCAUGUCACGGUAUGUUUAAAUCUUGUACAUAACAAAGCUGAGGAAGAGUUUUCAUUGUUGGAAAUGACGGCAGCGUUUCUCUCUCUUUUGUUCUGUGAUAAUUUCAGAGAAUUUUAGUUUUUAAAAAAAUCAAUGUUUUUAAAAAGAGAAGAAAGCAAGGAUUUCCCUUCAUUUCUCAGUGUUGACCUUUUUUUAUUUUUUAUUUGUUUGUUUGUUUUUGUUGAGUUCCUGACCAGGAAGUUGUCAUGUGCUUCAAGGCAUGAGAGCUCCUGUACGUCCUUGUGCUGGCUGACACGUGUGAGGCCCAGUUUCAAACUUGUACCACUGUACAUUUUUAAGUCAUCAGGAUUUAGUGGAAAACCUUGAAUAUCAAGCCUUACCUGAUGUCCUGGUGGACCAAAAUCCCAAAUAAUGCUGUUUCCACACACUCCCUCUUGGCAAACAUUUGUUUUAAAGAUUGUUUCUUGGUUUCGAGCUAAAACUGGGCCAGUGAGGAAGGGAUCGCUCUUCACUUACGAGGGAAACUCUGGCAGGGCCCUGCAAUGAUGCAGCUGUUCUCUCUCAAACACACUUGUGUUGCGGUUUCGAGGUCCAUUAUAUGUAAUUUGCUUAGCCUGCUUAAAUUAGGAAAAUUAUAGAGGAGCAGCAAUUUUCAUCGUCAUAAACAAAUGCAUAAAAUGUGCAUUUUAGUAGUUUACUGCCCUACCUGUGUCGGUAGAAACUGUGUG